CUAAAAAAAAAGAAAAUAAAUAUCGCCACUGUCAAGAUCAAGAUCAAGACUCACCCUGCCAGAUGUCAACAAGUUACAAUGGCGGGCGGUGGAGGUAAGGUAGAGCCCCGCCACGCAUCUCCUGUGCCCUCCCUGCCGCCCACACUGCAGCGAGUCCUGCCCAGAACAGUGCCAGGACCCGUCAGCCCACAAAACAAGGGCGCCCUCGACUGGGGCUGGCAGGGGUUUCUGGCUUAUGGGGCCCAGACAACAGUGGUGGUGGUGGACCCUGUCACCCUCCAGUGCGCCCAGACUCUGUCCAAACACCGCUCGCAUGUUGUCAAGGUGCGUUGGCGUAAGACUCAUCACUAUCACCAGCUGAGUGCCCCGUACACGCUGAUGCUGGCCUCAGCGGACAGCGGCGGUAGCAUUCUGGUGUGGGAUGUGAUGCGCGGCGACACCUUGGCCACGCUGCAAGAUGGGACCAAGGGCGUGCUGGAGCUGGAGUGGCUGGGUGGUGUUGACGGCUCCGAGCACCUCCUGGCGGCCCUGCACCCCCCCUACUCCCUGGUGCUGUGGGAUACACGUCACAGCACUAAGGUCUGGCGGAAGAGCUACACAGAGCCUCUCACACUGUUCCACUUUGAUCCGUUCCACAUCAACAAAAUGGCAUUCCUAUGCUCUGGCUGCGUCCUGUUCGUCGAAGAUUUCAACCUCGUUAAGUGCCCCUCGUCUAAUGGGAGAAAAUUUUACGUCUCGGCUCCACGCACCAGCCCAGGCAGGGGAGGCGCGGGGCAGGGCACUUCCGCACCCCCACAAGGCCCAAACGCACCCCCUGGUAGUGCUGGGGGGGGCGCAGGUACCAUGGGGUCUGACGAGAGGACAAGCUCGAGAAUUAGGAGGAAAAUGAGAGAGUUGGUGGUAGGAGAGGUGAAGCCAAGCACAAGAGGCGACGAAGGGAGCCAGCUGAUGGAGUGUUUACAGCUGGCUUACCACCGCACCGUUCGCGACCAGUUGCUGCUUCUUUACGCACGAGAAAUAUUGAUCUUAGACCUAACCAUAAACCAGACUGUGGGUAUUGUGGCUGUCGACCGGGCUGUUUCUCCCUUCUGCCAGGUUUUGUCUUGCUGGCGUCGCGAUGUUCUGCUCUGUCUGCACGAGUCUGGUUCAGUCUCUGCUCAUUUUAGACGGCGACUCCUCCCCCUUCUGCCUACUUCUCCUGAUGAAUCAGCAGGAGGCGGCCUGGACCAGCAGCAGCAGCAGUACUAUGAAGUGAUGUACGACCGAAAGUGUCACUCGGAGCCUUUGCGUCUGAACAGGCUGAGUCGUCCUAUUGGUUUCACCCUGGACCCUGUCACUGAGAGGCAGAUAGCUCUGGUACUGGGUGAUGGCCGAGUCGUCUUUAAACAACUGCAGAUAUCACCUACGCCAGGGAGACAGGCAGUGAGCACCCCUCUGUACACCCCCGGCCACCCCACCCCCCCUGUGCCCCCCUCGCAGGCCCCCCAGACCCAUUGUGGGCUUACCAUUGCGGACAACCACUUUGGGGGCCUCUCGGGACCUGGCGGGGGCUCGGCACUGUCCCCGGCGCCCCCUCUGUUGCCAAAAAUGACCCUCGGGGAUUUGGUGAAGCCGGCCUGGGCACUUGCUGAGAAUGUGAAGGAAGCAUCAAGCACAGGUCAUAGGGUGAGCUUGCGUCUAAUAAUGACUGGCCUGAUGCCCUCCGUGUCCCCUCCCCCCCUGGUGAUUCGGAUGUGCCCCCCCCUUACCACCCGCAACAUGCACCACUACCUUCCUCGUCUGGCCGCCGCUACCCAGUCGGGGGCUGUUCAGAUUUUCAACAUGGCGACAGGGAUGCUGGAGAGAGAAUUUGCUCUUCACACGUACCCUGUCAGGGGUGUGGAGUGGGCCAGCCUGUCGUCCAUCCUGUCGUUUGGCCACCAGCCUCUCACCAACGGCCAGGGUCUGGUGAGGAAUGAACUCAUCUACACGGACAUCCUGACGGGGCGCUCCACCCCCCUCAGGACAAACAAGGGGGAGGAGUCCAGUGUUGACAUGGUGCGCGUGUCGUACCUCAAACAAUAUUUCUUGGUGGUUUUACGGGAGGACCCCCUAGAGCUGUGGGAUGCCCGCCGCCUGGUCCCCCUUCGUACUAUGCCUCGACGCUUCCCCCGGGUGUCGGCCCUCGAGUGGUCCCCCACCAGUCAUGUCAAGUCCCGGCUCUCCUCGGAUGGGUCUGUGGGGAGUGAAGGGGCUGCCAACAAGGAUGUAAUGGGCGAUUCUACCUUGUCGCUUGUUGAUGUGGGCACCACCACCACUGCCAGCACCACCACCACCCCCACCACCACCACCACCACUACCACCACCACCAGCAUAGCCAAGGAAACGUUUGUCUUUACCGAUACAGAAGGUCAACUUUACCAUUUCUCAGUGGAGGGGAAUGUGAUUAAGGAUGGAAGCAAAGUGCCGCCAGAUUCCCAGAUGAGCAGUAUAACCUCAAUUGCCUGGAAGAGCCACGAGAUUGUGCUGAGCGAUGCCGACGGGAACCUUACAGUGUGGGACCUGAAGACGAGGAUCUCCCGCCACAUCGCCACACACAGGGGCUGGGUGCGCAAGGUCCGUUUUGCCCCUGGGAGAGACAACAUGAAGCUACUGGUGCUGUUUGCCGAUGGUCUGGAUAUCUGGGAUGUUCGAGAUGUGGUGCUGGUGAGCCAAGUCAAGACUCCCCGGGACAUGGUGAAGGUGGUGGACGCUGACUGGGGCGCCUCGGACCGCCCGGUGCUGGCCACUGUGGACGGCUGCCUCAGAGUGAUGGACAUGGCCUUGCGUCUUUCAAAUUCACCCCUGCACCACUACUGUACCAAGGAGGCCAUAGUGUCACCGUACCUGCUUGGCGGUGAGGCGUCUCUCAACCUGCGCACGCUACUCACCCAUCAACCGUGGCGUCCCCAGUACAGCCUGACCUUCUCUCCUGACGAUGGCUUCUCCCCUGACCAGCUGCAGAGCAUAGAGAUCUGGUUGUCCCGCAUCCCAAAGGAGGUGCGAGAGUAUUUGGAGAAGUGUGACUCGACAGCUCACCGCGCCCUCGUCACCGCACAGCUGUUUGGCGACCAGGGAGAGCUUGACUUCUGGACUGUGGCUUGUCACUAUCUUACUCACCCUCCACUGCCUGCUGCAAAGGAUGAGAGCAGCAGCAGCAGCAGCAGCGUGGGAAGUGCUGAGUUGCUGACGUUUGGGGAGUCAGCAUCAGUUAGUGGAGAGGACCCCCCCUGCCCUCCCUCAGCACCCCCUACCCUGGCCCCUUCCUCUGCUGGCACCCAUUCCCUGCCCAUCACUCACCCACUGGAGACGACCUACCAUUAUCUGUGUGAUGCUGCGACUUAUAAGCACCACGAACUCGAACGCCUGGCAAUUCACGAGAGCAAGGGACUGGAAGGGGAGCAGAGGACAGCCCUAGGGAGGAGUCUGGCCAUGGUAGGGGAGAGGGACAGGGCGGUAAGGCUGUUGCUGGACGCAGACACAUCACACACGCACUUCUACACGGACUGUCUGCGCGCCUGUCUCCUGUCGGCCACUCACCACUCACCACAAGCGCAGUCUACGAUUAAACUGGUGGCGACGAACCUUAUAGCCGCGGGGAAUGUUUCGGAAGGUGUGGAACUUCUCUGUUUGAUCGGCAAGGCAGGGGACGCUUGCCGGUAUCUCCAGUCAUACGGCCAGUGGCUCCUCUCCGUGUGGCUGGCCAAGUGUGCCCUGCCCGUGUCUGAGAGUGUGGACAUCCUGAAGAGGUGGGCGCAUCAUCUCAUUACUACUGGAUGCAAGGACCAGGGUGUGUGUGUUCUGCUGUCCGUGGGAAGCAUGGUGAACGCAGUCGAGCAGUUAGUACAGCAACACUACCACCAGAGGGCCGCAUUGUUCCUCUCGGCUGCCACGAACCUCAACAGCCUGCCAGCCCCCUCGCAGCAGCCCCCCUCGCAGCACCCUGCCUCUUCGUUCAGUCACCCUGGUUUCUCUCCCGGUCCUCUCUUCCUCUUCGUCUUCUCUUGCUACCCUGACGGAAAAUAUACACAGGAAGUACAUUCUACAUCUGUACAGCUUCGGGAACCGCCCUGCUGUGGCCCACUUCUGCAGGCUGCUGGGGGAGAAAGGUCACCUCCUUCUGCAGGAACUGGAGGCUCUGCAGUGAUGGGUGCGUGGUGGUGGUGGUGGUGGUGGUGGUGGUGGUGGGCCUAGAUGUGUGAAAUGUUUUUUUUUUUUCUAUAAUUUGUUUAUUUAUUUAUUUUUUAUUUUUUUUUUUUCAUAAGGUUUUUCUUCUUCUUCUUCUUCUUCUUCUUCUUCUUCUUCUUCUUCUUCUUCUUCUUCUUCUUCUUCUUCUUCUUCUUCUUCUUCUUCUUCUUCUUCUUCUUCUUCUUCUUCUUCUUCUUCUUCUUCUUCUUCUUCUUCUUCUUCUUCUUCUUCUUCUUCUUCUUCUUCUUCUUCUUCUUCUUCUUCUUCUUCUUGUUUUUCUAUAAUUUCUUUGUUUUUUUUCCUCCUCCUUCUUGUUCUUGUUCUUGUUCUUCUUGUUUUUGUUCUUGUUCUAUAAUUUCUUUUUUUUUUCCUCCUCCUCCUCCUCCUCCUCCUCCUUCUUCUUCUUCUUCUUCUUCUUCUUCUUCUUCUUCUU